ACCGCGGAGGCUCGUUAUAGCAAUUGUGAAUGUGGAGCUUCCGGUCCUCCAGUUCGAUACUGAGCGUGAUGAGGUCCGGGCUGCGCUCCGUGAUUUUCCAUCGUUGCGCGUCGAGGUGCUUGCUCACGUAGAAGCAUGCGCGAGUCUUGGCGUUCGAGGGGUAGGCGA